AUGUCGGCGUCAUCGACAUGGCGGUCCUCGCCGAACGCAGGUGACACCAACCUCAUGGAUCCAUGGUCGGCGAUCGAUUCAGACUACCUUCAUCCUUCCACAUCUUCAUCGUCAUCGCAGCCUCCACAAUUACGCAGUCGCAAGUCGAAUCUAGCUGCCAACGCUGAGCUUGUAGAUCGACAUCCCUUGCGAUCGCCUUCGCCCUCGCAUCCAUCUCAACAGACAGCACGUCCUGGCGCGGCUCCCAGGAGGCCUUCUGCAGUCGCAUCCGAGUGGAAGGCCAUCGGUGCAGGCCUCGCUGGUCUCUUUGGUGCUUCUUCAUCCAACGCCAGCUCGUCCAGCUAUCAAUGGCCCGCUGAUCCAUCAUCUUCACACAUACAGUCCUCAUCCCGCACAGCGAGACUCGUGACUACAGGCGAUGACGACGACGACGAUGAGGCGAGAAAGGGUCGACCUAUCAACACUGUCGAAACAACGCUGGAUCGCUUGGAAGAUUGGUUCGGUCUAAAACAAGGGCAAGAGCAGCAGCAGCGCCAAAAUUACACUCCUACUCAACGCCGCACCACUACUUCAGCAUCAUCAUCAGCAGCUCACCAAGACCAGGUGCGCGUCCUCAUCCAUCCCGUUGCGCCGACAGAUACGCUUUCGUCAUUAGCGCUCCACUACGGUGCCGACAUUCAGGUGCUCCGCAAAUCCAACAAGCUCUGGCCAGGAGAUCCGGUCCAGAUCCGCAAACUCAUCUACAUUCCCGUCGAUAGCUGCAAACACCGUCCGCCAAACGCAGAGAUCAAAGUCGUCCCGACCACCGCCGGAGGCGCUGUCUCAUCCACCGAAGCUGGUAAUGCCAACGCCAGCUCGUCCAACACGCUCAUCUUUGUUUCCAAGGCGGAUCAAGAGGAUCUGCUCACCGGCACGCCGGUCGCAGAGAUCCCACAACCCGAGUUCGUCGCGGACAGUCUGGCAGCCAUGCGUGUUUCCGAUCCGGUCAACGACUUUAUGCCAGACACGAACCAGGCAUAUACGGAUUCGACCGCACCUGCGUUUGGCACGUCUCUCACACGAGCUGGUUCAAUCAAUGGCCACAAGUCGGCGUAUCCGGUCAGUUUGACUCCUGCGCUUCGUACGCUCAACCAUGCUGCCGGCUCGAGUGGGAAACGACCGACGAGCAGCGUAGGAGGUGGCUCGAAUCCGCCCAGCAUCGCAGCUUCCGCUUCAGCAGCCAGCUCCGGCUUCGUGCCUCCACGUCAACCUCUGCAUGUAGCAAAAGUGCCAGCUGACCAGCUGAGGUUCUUUGCAGCCAGCGACAUCAAGUCAUCUGCCUUGGGGAGCCGCAAUCCUGGUCCGGGAGAUGCCGAGUUUCGACCUGGGGAGAGCGGUAUCGACGAUCUUCUUCAGCAGCACCAGCAACAACAAAAUGGCUCCUCCGCGCAAUCAGAUCGUCCAGACUUGUCGCGUCACACUUCGACCAGCAACAUCUCGGCGUCCAGCUACUUCAACAAUGAUGACGACGACGACGAGGAAGACGAGUGGAAACCCAACACCUGGCACUUCGGUUCUUCCUCCAAACCCAGCACCAGCUCUACCAGCACCAUCGGAAUGGACUCGACCAGCAGCAGCAGCAAGUAUGCAGGCUGGAACGAUGCGCCGCCACCGUCUGCCACCGCGAUCGUGGCUAAGGCAUACGAUGGGGGGAAAGCGUAUCAGAAGCGGCAGGCGCAGAAAUCGCAUCGAUUGCUGUACGAUCUAGCCGCGGGUCUGCCAGCGAAUACAGGUGCGGCGAGCAAGUGGGCCAGGCCGAUCCAGUUUGGCGAUUCGCUGCCGAACGGUGGAGGGAUGGCGGAGAGGAAGAGUGGAGGAAGAGGUGGAUUGGGCAGAUUGUUGGAUGACACCGUGAGGGGGAGGAUCAGUGUCGAGGCUGCGUUAGAGGGGGUUGUGGAGGGUUUUGGCGGGAAAUCGACAGCGCAGACAAGGGAUAGGGUGGGCACGAGAAGUGGGACGACGAGGAGUCAUGUUGAUAGGGUUGAUGAAGCGAGACAACCUGCACCGCUGGUGAACAUCGAUCCGCUCACGUCGUCCGCACCCAUCAACCCGACACGAUCAUCUUCUGGUCUGGAACAGCGGAGGAAGGUCGACUGGACCAAGGGCUGGAAGCACGACUAG